AUGGGAGUUCUAGAAAAUGUAAAUACAGUAUUCAAUCGUGAUGUGGAUGUUACUAAUGUCUCUACAAAAUCGGUGACAGAGUUUAUCAUUUUUGGCUUUCCAAGUCUUCAAAGUCUCAAUACUCUUCUUUUUUGUGUUUUUCUCUUUAUCUACCUUUUCGCUGUCAUUGGAAAUGGCAUCAUAUUUCUCCUCAUUAUUCUGGACCAAAAACUUCACACUCCAAUGUAUUUCUUUGUCAGCAACCUCUCGUUGUUGGACAUGAGUUCCACCACAGUGAACAUCCCCAAGAUGCUUGCCAAGUUCUCAAUGAACAAUGAUGUCAUCUCUUUUGUGGGCUGCUUCCUCCAGAUGUAUUUCUUUAUUGUUUGUCAAGCGGUUGAGUGCUUUCUCCUGGCCGUCAUGGCCUAUGAUCGCUAUGUGGCCAUUUGUUCUCCCCUCCAUUAUCAUAACAUCAUGGUCAGACAUGUAUAUAUCAUCCUAGCUAUGUCCUCGUGGAUAUUAGGCUUAGUAUGUCCAAUUGCAAUGAUCAUACUGGCUUUUAGGUUGCCUUUUUGUGGCCCAAACAUCAUUCGUCAUUACUACUGUGACCACCCACCAUUGCUUCAGUUAGCUUGUGCUGACACCUCACUCAAUGUGGCAGUAGGUUCCUCUCUUAGUGCCAUUGUAAUUGCAUUAUGUUUUUCUCUAAUCGUGACAUCCUAUGUACAAAUAAUGAAGUCUGUGCUCAAGAUAGCAUCAUCCAAAGGGCGUAAGAAAGCAUUUUCUACCUGUGCUUCCCAUUUUGUGGUGGUGAACAUGUACUUCUUGCCUUCGAUCUUCAUGUAUGUUCGACCAACUGCUUCAUACGACUCUUUAGUGGCCAUGUUCUACACAGUAUUACCACCUAUGCUAAACCCGAUUGUGUACAGCUUACGGAAUAAAGAUAUUAAGGAUUCUUUCAGAAAACAAAUACAUUAUACCUAGAAUAUACAGUAUGUAAAUAAAAUCAAGCCUACACAAUACAGAUAUAUGUCCCCCGACUUACCUAUAAGCUCUUCAAGAUCUUGGUUGCUCAAAUUAAGGCUCCCCCUGUCUUUGACACAUUGACAUAAAGAAAAUGGAAACUAAAGGGA